AUGAAGUGUGUGAUUGGGGGGACCCACCUCAGAGUGUUUGGACGAGCAAUACAUGCCAUAGCACGAAUUAGUGAUGAGUUUUGGUUUGACCCAAAUGAAAAAGGUCUUGCUCUAAGAUCAGUGAAUUCUUCUAGGUCAGCGUAUGCAUGUGUCUUCUUUUCAUCUAUGUUUUUUCAACAUUACUGCUGGACAGCUGAACCUGAACUGUGUCAGAAAAAAAGACAGUUACCCCUUACGUGUAAAUUAGUAAUGAAGUCAGUCCUCCCUGUGUUUAGAUGUCUAAACACACUAGAAAGGAAUGUAGAGAAGUGCAACAUUUAUACAAAUGUUAAUGAUUGUCAUAUAACUUUUAAGCUCUUCUGCAAACAUGGUAUUGUAAAAACUCAUAACCUGGCUUUUCAUGAAAGUGAACCUUUACAAGCUGUUUUUUCAAGGCAUAUGUGUCCUAAUGUACUGAAGAUCCAAUCAAGGCUGCUGACUGAUGUAAUGAUUCAUUUUCCAACCUGUCAAGAGGAAGUAACUGUAGCUGUUACACCAAUGAAAGUUUGUUUCAAGAGUUAUACUGAGGAAGAAAUCGAUUUUUCAAAGGCAAUGCACACUAAAAUACAUCUUAAUCCAGAGGAAUUUGACUACUUUCAAAUUGGAGUAGACUCUGAAGUAACGUUUUGCCUUAAAGAACUGAGGGGUCUACUAGCAUUUGCAGAGGCUACUAGCGCUACUGUCUCAGUUCAUUUUGAUGUGUCUGGAAAACCAAUUGCUUUCAGUAUUGAGGACAUGAUGGUAGAAGCCAGCUUUGUUUUGGCUACAUUAGCUGACAUUGAAAAUAGGGAAUCCUCUCAGCAAUCUCUAUGCCUUUCACAAAGACAGAAAAGGCCUACCUUGAUGAAGGCCUAUGCAGAUAAUGUUGAAAAUGUCUCAAACAACUCUGCAGAUAAUGAUAGUAAUACAGAAACAAUAGCUUCAAAAAAGCCUUGUUGGACUGAAAGAGCACAUAGCAACACGGAGUCACCUGUAGAGUGUAGGAAACCUCUGUCAAAAGGAGAUAUUAUUCCCAUAAUCUCAAAAAAAGACAUGAAGAACAUAGAAGUAUUGGACAUGAGUGCAGCAGGUGACAUUAAAAUUGUGGAGGCAGUAGUACCCUCAUAUUCUGAUCAGUACAAGCCACCGACACCUGAUAUUGUUCCCAUUUUACAGAUAGAGGAAGCAGAGGGAAGGAAUAUUGUGUGUACAAAAACUCACUUUAUUAAAUAUUGCAUUUUCCAGUUUCAUUCACUUUUCUUUGGAGCAGUUUCAUUUAAGGAGCAAGAUGUCAUCAGCCACACACUCCAUAGUUUGGCCACAGCUAGUGAUGCCGAAGACGAUUUUGACAAUGAGCAGCUCUCCCACGUUGUCUAG